AUGACCAAUCCCUAUCAACAGCAACAACAACAGCAUAACAGGUCAAAUUUCGACUCCCUCGCAUCCGGUCGCCUUCCGCCUCUCAGCACCCGCCGGCCCUCGUACGCAUCCGUUGUUUCCGGGAGCCCCUCGGCCCAGGCCCGUCCCGCCCGCUCCGGCGGAUUCUCCCACCUCCUCAACCCCUCCCCCACCGCCGAGCCUCCGGCCGGCCCGGAAUCGACCACACAAAACCCCCGUUUCGACACUAGCAUGUCGUACCCGUAUGGUGGAACGUCCAACGAGGACGGCUCCUACCGAGACGGUCAGGAUGGUGGUGCCAGUGCCAGCGCGUGGCCGCCGCGGAUCGGCACGGGGUUCCCCUACUUCUCGCGCGCGUUCGACCUCUACAUGAACAAAGAUCCGCUACUCGUCGACGACCUUACCGGCCCAGGGGACUAUCGGUUCCCCUCUGUCGCUCCGAAUCCCAAUAUCAGUGAAACCGGGUUUCUCGCUCCAUCAUACUUACGCGAUUCCGUCUACCUACAAAAGCUGGAAGAGAAGCACAAAGCAAAAGUCUUAGCCGAGAGAGACGGAGCUGUCAACAGUGAUGGCAACAACACCUCGCUCAAGUCGGCGCCAUCCUCUUCCUCUUUGUCCUCUCGACCUGCGGCGAACCGGAACUCAGGACACCUGCCCACAAUCGGCACUAAGGCUGCCGGCUCAUCCCACAGAGGAGUGGCAUACGACGUAGUGGAGCGCCCAACCCCCGCGCCCAAGGAAGCGGACGAUGGGUUGAGCCCGCUGCCGUCCGGCUGGAACCGAGACGACAAGGAGGCAUCGCUAGACAUCUUGGGUGAUGGGUACGAGGUCAGGCAUACGGGGCGGCCUAUGAGCGAUCACGAGGCUAGUUCCAUCCGUGCAAAUCACUACAUGCCGCCAGCAUGCGGGGUGUAUUACUAUGAGAUCACAAUACUGGGUGGGAGACAGGAUAAAGUCAACAACAAGACACCGCCAAUCGCAAUCGGUUUCGCGAGUACCGAAGCUUCCUUAUCUCGAGCGCCCGGCUGGGAGCCAGACUCCUGGGGCUACCAUGGAGAUGACGGUCACUCCUUUGCGUCGCAGAACGUGGGGAAGCCGUACGCCGAGAUCUUUGGUGUGGGUGAUACCGUGGGCUGCCUCGUCAAUUUUCGACUCAACCACGCGUUAUAUACCAAGAAUGGGCGGGAGCUAGCCGUCGCGUUCAAGGACAUCCCCUUUAAAGACAUCAGGGGGAAUAUAUACCCCAUCGUCGGUCUCAAAAAGAAGGAGGAUCAUAUUUUGGCGAAUUUCGGCCAACGCCCGUUUAUGUUUGACAUCGACGGAUAUAUGGCGCGGCAGCGGGACGCGGUCGCAGACCAGAUCCGUAAAACUGACGCAUCGAAACUUGUCCCUGGAUUGUCCGAGACGGAAUUGAUCCAGCAACUGGUUCUUCAGUUCCUCCAGCACGACGGGUACGUCGAAACAGCCCGUGCGUUCGCGGAAGAGCUUUACAGUGAGAAGGAGGCCCUCCGACUCGACCCAGAGGAGACGAUCCAGGGGAUUAGCAUCCGCGAUGAUGAAGACGCGAACAACCGACAACGCAUCAGGCGUGCGGUGCUUGAGGGCGACAUCGACCGUGCCAUGAAGUACACGGAAAGCCAUUACCCGACCGUCCUCCGCGAGAACGAGCGGGUGUACUUCCGCCUCCGGUGCCGCAAGUUCAUCGAGAUGAUUCGCAAGGAGGCUGAGCAUAACAUGCUCCUCGAAGAACAACGGCGGCGCAGUCACACUAACGGUAAUUCUGCGAUCGAUAGCGACGACGAGGAAAUGCUCGAGGCCGAGGCGGCGAACGGCGACGACGAUAUGGACACGGCGAUGGCGGAAGAGGGGGACGAUGUGCAUGGGACUAACAGCCCGCCGGCGCUGAGCAAGUUAUCACACGAAGCGCUCGUCUAUGGCAUAGAGCUCCAGGCCGAGUUUGCGGGUGACACACGUCGUGAGACUACCGCGGCUCUGGACGAGGUCGCGUCUUUGCUGGCGUACCCGAAUCCACUGAAGGUGAAGGAGGUGGCACAUUUGUUGGACGGGAGUGGGCGUGUCGCUGUGGCGGAGGAGCUGAACAGUGCCAUUCUGACGUCCCUCGGCAAAUCGUCCCGUGCUGCGCUGGAGAAUGUCUACGCCCAGACCUGCGUACUGCUAGAGGACCUUAGAAAGGACGGCGGUGAUGGUGCAUUUGUCACAGUAGACGGCAUUAUCCGCAGUAUUCCGUCUCCGAAGCUGCGGUAG